AGGAAAUCCCAGUGUGCCGCCAUGGCAGACCACACUGGAACCGUGGUCCGUCCAUCAAACUAUAACCCUGCCAUCAUCACCUUUUGUUUCUCUGGAUAGUUGUUUCCUAGGCUCGGCAAGAGUUAUAGGGCCCAGACGAAGAGCGUCCACUCCGGCGAAAGAACAAGGAUAUAAAUUACAUGGGGGGCAGCAUACCGAGU